CACCGCUCUCGUUCUCGCGAGAAACUCGCGACAGUCUUUCCUUCUGGUCUCUUUUAUGAUUGUCUUCGCUUCUUUCAUGCCGAGAAAACUGGUCCAUUCGCAAGGAAUCUGCACAACUGCCGCGCCGCAUCUGCCGCGCCGCGGUGUCUCUGCAGCAUUCGCGGUACGCUUUUCACCCGGAGCAUUUGCGUUUUCCUUUCCAGAAAAUUCCGUUUUUUUUUCUCGUCUUGUCUUUCCACGCGACAACCGGCGUCAACACCAACGUUUCUUCUCCUUCGCUGGCGUUUGUUCUCGCAAAUACUCCCAAUGUUCUCCUGCCCCUCCUUACGCCGGAAACGCCGCGUUUCUCCGGUGUCUCUUUGUUUCCUUUGAAAAGAGAAAAGUAACUCCGAAGCCCCCAGUUCUCUCCCCUGCAUUUCUUUGUUUCUUCUUCUCCUCUUCGCCCGGUGCAUCGUGCCGCCUGUGUACCUUCUGCCCUGCUUUGGGGAAUGCGUUUCGAGACGCCGCGCCUCUCUGCAGCGUCUCCUCCCCCUUUCCUCCUUUCGCGUAUCUCUGGGGUUCUCGCGCAUGUUUACCCCUUUCUUUCUCGGAAUUCACAGACAGUCUCUCCCUCGUUUUACGCGUCGCGUCGCGUGGAAGAAGACGGAGACGAAGGAGAUUGCGACGAAGCAGUGUCUUCAUGGCGUCUCGUCUCUCGCGUCUCCACUCGACUUUCCAGACUCCGCCUCCUGCAGAAAGGAAGAACGUCUGAAUUUCCUCCUCUUCUUCGUCUUCGAAAGCCGACAAAUGUAGAGAGAGCCCUCUGUUUCUGAACGUGCUGUGAUCUCUUCUGCGGCUUGCGACGUCACGCCUCGCUAUCUACGGAGAGGUGGACUUCUGGAUCUGGGGAAGGCUUUCUCCCCUGCUUUUUCCUCCCAUUUUUGCUGCAAGACAGAGAGAGAACGUUGGGUCUCCGACUCUCGUCGGUUCGCUCCGCGUUUUCAAGCUGUCUGUUUUUUCUUUUUUUCAAGAGCAUGCGGUCUCUGCUGGCUCAGGCGCCCCUCGGGCCGCGCGGGACUCCCGCGCAGGCUGCGGCGUUGCAGGGGACAUUGUCGACUGUGGCUGUGAGAAGGAUCCAAAUCGGGGACAGAAGGUUGCCAACUUUUCUCUCGAGCUCUCUUUCACUUGCGUCCUCGUGCGCAUCCGCGCGCCACCUGCAUCGCCGCCUCUCUUUCUCUUCUCGCUCCUUUUCUUCUCUCUCUCCUGCUUCUGUCUGCUCUCUCUCUCCUGCUUCUGUCUGCUCUCUCUCUCCUGCUUCUGUCUGCUCUCUCUCUCCUGCUUCUGUCUGCUCCCCCUCGACUUCUUCUGGAUCCGGCUCUCUUCUUCAAUCGCGCUGCUCUUCGUCUCCUUUCACGACUCUGAAACGUCCUCCUCGCUCCUCCUUUUUCGUUUCGUCUCUCUCCUUCUCCCGUCCUCCUCAGACGCCCGCUGCACUCCUUCGGCGUCCGUUCGCGACUCUCCCUCCGCCGCGCUUCGCCGCCUCCUUCUUCUCCCCCUCUGCGUCUGUCUCGCCUGCCUCGUCCGCGACCGCUUCGACUCUGAAGCAUUUGCAGGAGCAGGCGCUGCGGCAUCCCUCGGAUCCUGCAUGUUGGAUGCGCUACUUCCAAGCGCUGAACGCUCGGGGAGACUCGCGCGAAGUCGUGAGACAGUUCGAAGAGAACCUGCUUGUGAAGCAGUUGUCUCCGGAGCACCUGCGCGGCGACGCGGCGACGGCUUCUGCUCUCCACGGUGUCGUGGCGGAGUAUCUGAAGGCCCUCUGCGCCUGCGACGGAAUUCACUCGCAAGCUCUCUCUGCGCUCGCCAGAGACCUCUUCCCCCUUCUGUCCGCGGGGACCUCCACCUCGCCAGCGAAGCGCGCGGAGACAACGACUGCGCCUUCCGCCUCCAGAGAUGUCGAGAGCGAAAUGCGCCUCCUCCAACUAAAUCAGCUGCAGCUGCUCCUGCAGCAGCUGCAACAUCUGUCCUCGCAGCUCGCGCAAGAGCGAACCACGGGCAACGCGGGCGCCCUUGGCCGCUACGGCACGAGCGCGGCGGUCGAAAGAGAACAAGAAGCGAAGUCGCGCGCGAGAGGCGUCCUAGGCUGGACUCUCUUCGCUGUCCACGGCGUACUUAGCGGCGUCUGGAGAACCUUCAAAGUCGGCAGCGCGGGUCUAUGGAGUCUCCUGCUCUCUCCAAUCGCGGCGGUUCUGCUGAUUUGGAGCUUCGCGACGGAGGCGCUGCCGGACUUGCAACAGGCAGCGAAGAAGGCCGAGGGACUCCCAGAAGGAAAAUCCAAGGAAUGGGUACAAGGAAAAAUCGUGCAGCCUGACCAAGUGAAAACCACUUUCAAUGAUGUCAAGGGGUGCGAAGAGGUCAAGAAGGAAGUCGAAGAGGUUGUCGCCUAUCUCAAAUCUCCAGAGAAAUUCACGGCUAUGGGAGCGCGCCUGCCGAAGGGCAUUCUCCUGCAAGGUCCCCCAGGGACUGGCAAAACACUGCUGGCCAGGGCGAUCGCUGGAGAGGCAGGCGUUCCCUUCCUCCACGCCUCAGGCUCGGAAUUCGAGGAGAUGUUCGUCGGCGUCGGAGCGAGUCGGCUGCGACAGCUCUUUGCGGAGGCUCGGCGUCUGAGUCCCUGCAUUUUGUUCAUCGACGAAAUCGACGCCUUGGGGGGAAAACGAACUUUGACAGAAAACAAGCAUCAUCGGCAAACGCUGAAUCAACUCCUGACCGAACUCGACGGAUUCAAUCCUUCCGACGGAGUGACUCUCGUUUGCGCCACAAAUCUUCUGGAGGCUCUCGACCCUGCGUUGACGCGACCGGGCCGAAUCGACCGAAUUAUUCAUGUCCCCUUCCCCUCCAAAAAAGAACGCAUCGAGAUUUUGAAACAUUAUGCGAAGGAGAUGCCACUCGCGGCAGACGUGGACUUGGAGGCUCUUGCGGGUCUGACGUCUGGGAUGACAGGAGCAGAUUUGUCGAAUCUUCUGAACUUUGCUGCGAUCCGGGCAGCGACUGAAGGCAAAGAACAAGUGACGCGCGCGGAAGUAGACGAAAGUUUCGAUCGUUUGAUGGUCGGCAGUCGCCGGACAGGUGUGGUGAUGAAGGAGGAGGAGCGUCGCCUCACCGCCUACCACGAGUCCGGGCAUGCACUGGUGGCGCUGUACACGCCGGCGAGUGCGCCGCUGCACAAGGCGACGAUCUUGUUUCGCGGCUCGUCGCUGGGUGUGACCUGGUCGGUGGAGAAGGAAGAUACUUUCUCCCAGUCGGAGCAGCAGUGCCUCGCGUCUCUGGACGUCGCGAUGGGAGGCAAAGCUGCGGAGGAGCUCGCCUUCGGCGCAGGGAAAGUCACGAGCGGCUGCAGAAGCGACCUGGUCCGCGCCACCCAGCUCGCGAGAGCGAUGGUCACGAACUACGGCAUGGGAUUCACCGACUCGAAGGCGCCGAUGGUCAUCGGCAGACAAGACUACCUGCUCGUGAGCGACGAGAAGAAAAGCCGCGUCGACGAGGCCGUCCAGAAACUCCUCGACGAAAGCUACGCGCGCGCCAGGCGCCUGCUCGAGGAGAAACGAGACGAACUCACGCGGCUGGCCGAGGCACUGUUGGAGCAUGAGACUUUGUCAGCGGAGGAAGUUCGCCUGGCGGUUGCUGGGAAACUGCGAGCAAAGCCUCGCGCAGAGGCUCAGCAAACUGCUGAGGAGGCGGGAGAGGAGCUUCACGUUUCUUCUUCUUUGUCGAACAAUGAAGACCGGAAGCUAGAGAAAAGAUCUGCUCCAGGGUCGGCCCCCACUGCAGAGGAGAGAGAAAAUGCAACGGACAGAAGUGCACACACUCGAAAGGAGACUCACAAGGAGACACGAGGCCAGGUGUCUCCGACGACAGGGCCAUCGGCCGCGCUCGCGCCGUCGCCCUACGCGGUCGCGGCGGCAGUUGAAGUCUCCGAGCUGCUUGCCGAGCGCCAACGAAGGCGAGAGCAAGGCGGGGGGGGUCCGGAGAAAGAAGGAAAAGAAAGAGAGAAAAAGAAAUCCGAGCCGGGCGCUGGAGAAGGAACAGCGGCCAACGGCAGAUAGGAAAGGCGUCGAACUGUGCAGCGACAGAGGGAACGUUUUCACUCUUUCUGUCUCUCGAGCUAUAGCUUCCAGUAUGCACUUAAUUUCAUUGAAAAUCUAGAAGGCGUUUAAUUCUUCCAUCACUUCGAUUUAUGGAGAGAAAAGACGAUUUGACACCCAGGUUUCUUGCGUGCAUGCGUUUCGGCAACUACUCAGAUGCAUGCGUAUCCGUGGAUAUUCCGGUGCAUACUUGAUAGUAAGAUGCAUUGCUUUUGAGUAUCUCGAUGCAUGCGUGAACACAGAGAGAUAGAAAUCGAGGGGUAAUUUGCUUUUUCCGUGUACUUCUGUUGUCUCUCAGUACAUUGAUGUAGCAUCUUUGCCUUGUAUGGAAAGGUGGAAUUAUUUUGAUUUUCGUAAUAGCGAACGCGAAAGGGCGCUGACAGACUCUGGAGGAUAGAGGCGCUUUUAUGCCAACGUUCAGCGUCUUUACUCUUUUUUCCCCAAUUUUUUUCUUUUCUUUUGAAUUUUUGUGGCCGUUCACGCGCUUUCGCGAGUUCCCGCCGUUCACCUUUUCUUCUCGUCUUUUCUCAUCCGCUUUUCUCGCUCUUCUGUCGGGAGGAAAGCCGCUUUGAAGGGAGGCAAAGCCGAUUUCGGCACAACGCAGUUCGUCUCGCUCGUGAACGCAAUAUCAAAAACAGUUCCUUUUUCUGUGCCUUCAUCCGUGGAUUUCUACACAGAAACUCCGAUGCAAAUCAGUGUGAUGC